AAGGAGUAAAACUAUAGUGAACUGUAUAGUAAACUUUGCUCAAGAAGUUUAAUUUUCUUGUCUAUUGCUUUAAUUUAAUUCUCUUCCUCAUUUACAAUGAUUUGGAUUUUUUAUAACGAGACAAAAGUUUGAUUUGCAUUAUAAGGUGAGAAAUAAAGAAAAUAAUGCUGCUUGGAAAUGUUUUCCUAACAAAUAUGCCAAUUUGUAAACAAAUACAAUUUGAGAUUUGAUAUUUUUUUUACAAAUUUUGAAUUAAAUUACUCUUUUUCAUUAAAUAUGUCAUACUGUCAUUUGGAGCCAAAUUACAAGAUCAUCAUUAGUUAAUAAUGAGAUACAUGGAAGUAUCACGAAAUAAUGAAGUCGAUAUACAGAGCAUUUUGCUUAUGCCUUGCGUUUGUGACAUUAUUAAUUUUAUUGAGAAUUUAUGACAUUCGAACGAGGCCAAGCACAGCGUUUUCAAAAUCGACUAUUGUUUUUGAAAAAAAAAUCCAAGAGAACGAGGAAGUUGUAAUAUGUGUUGUUGCUUGUGGAGAUCGAUUAGAAGAAUCAUUAACAAUGAUGAAAUCUGCCUUAAUCUUCACUAAACGAACGCUUCGUUUUAUUGUUAUUUCUGACAAUAAUUUGAUACAAGCAUUUACAGAGAAAUUGUCCGAUUGGCAAGAAUUUUAUAAUAAAACAUUUAAAUUUGUCGUUAGACCUGUUGAAUUUCCUGUUGGUGAUAAUGUUAUAUGGAGGAAACUAUUUAAACCAUGUGCUGCUCAACGAUUGUUUCUUCCAACUUUGCUCAAUGAUACGGAUUCCGUUCUUUACAUGGAUACAGAUACAUUGUUCCUCUCGCCACCAGAAUUAGUUUGGGAUGAAUUUCAAAAUAUGAAUUCAAGUCAAUUAGCUGCAUUAAGUCCAGAACAUGAGGAUCCAAAUGUCGGUUGGUAUAAUCGAUUUGCUAAGCAUCCAUUUUAUGGAAAACUUGGUGUUAAUUCAGGUGUAAUGCUAAUGAAUUUGACGCGUAUGAGAAAUUUUCGAUGGUUAGAAUAUGUUGUGCCAAUAUUUAAACAAUAUCAAUUGAAAAUAACAUGGGGUGAUCAGGAUAUAAUUAAUAUUAUUUUCUAUUAUCAUCCUGAAAAAUUGUACGUUUAUUCCUGUCGUUAUAAUUAUAGACCAGAUCAUUGUAUGUAUAUGUCAGUUUGUAAUGAUGUUGAGAAAAAAGGUGCAUUUGUAUUACAUGGUUCAAGAGGUAUGUUUCAUUCACAAAGACAACCAACGUUUAAAUCUGCAUUUAAAGCAAUUCAAGAAUAUCAGCUUAAUACUGAUCCAUAUGAAAAUUUUUUAUUACCAAUGAAAAAUUAUUUAUCACUCGAGGAUACUUCAAAUUGUGGUAAAGUAUUGGGUGCUUUUCUUGUUCAACCUGAAUUACAUUUACAUUCUAAAUUGGGGAAUUGAUAAUUAAAUUAUUGAAAAUGAUAUUGUAGAAAGAAAAUUUUCUAAAAUAUUGUGAUAGUGAUAAAUAAUUUUUUUUCUUUACUUUGUAUUAUAUUAAGAAUUAUCUUUAGGGGGAAAAAAAAAUAUAUUAAGAAAGAAAUAGUAUAGAAUAUUUAAUAGAUUUAUAUUUUUUCUUUCUUUCGAGGAUUUAUAACAAAUUACCAAUCGAUAUUAUUAAAAAUAUAAAAAAAUUAAUCAUGUUAAAUUUAGGAAAAAUAUUCUAAACAAAGUAUAAAAAGCAAGAUUCUCAAUAUUAGAUUUUAUUUAAAAAAAAUAAUUUCGAAAUAGGUGCUAUAACUUUUUUUCUUGUACUUAGAGUAUAUUAUGUUUAUCUUGUUUGUAUAUAGAUAUAUUUUAUUUUAUAACGAAUAGAAACGGUGAAUUCAUUUUUGUAUUGUGACUGUGAUUUUUUUUUUAUAUCAUCUUUUAUAUAUAGUAAUACUAUAUUAUUACAUAAUAUUACAAUUAAGACAUUUAUGAAUAUUGUAAAGAAUAUUGGUGCCAAGAAGGCUUCUAAAGCCUUGAAAAUUUUUUUUUUGAUAUAUUGUGAAAACAAAAAUUGUUAAUUAGUCGAAUUUGUAUUGUUUUUGAAUUUAAAAAAAA